GGUUUCAGUAGACGCGGGCGUUUGGGUGCGAGAAACCGCGUGCUGCGAAUGAAAGUUGGCACGGGCGUUGCGUGCUGUCAACCUAACGCAUUGUUUGAAGCGGUGAGUCGUUUAGUGGAGCACGGAAUAACCCAACGCUUUGUCUCUGGAUUACACUUCAAUCACCAUGGCUACAGACGCGUAUAAACACGCACAAGGAUGGAAGCAGAGAAUGAAUGUCAUAGUCCUGAAGGUCAACUCACCAACUUGCUUUUUGAUAAGGGAAGCAGCGGGAGCAGAGAUGUCUCAAAGUGGAAGAGAAUUUAUCAGCAUGGAGGCAAACAUGAAACAACACAUGAGGAAAUGGGACAUCCAACCUUUCACACCACUACUCCCAGAGAUUGAUUCGAUUGUUUUGGUGCAAAAUCCUUCAGAUAAACAAUGGUACCGUGGAUGUGUCCGCAAGAUAUUUGACACCAUGACUGGCUAUAGAGUGGAGGUCUUCUUGGUUGACUAUGGAGAGACGCUCAUGGUGGACCGGAAAGUGUUGCGCAAGGUGCCAAGUGAGAGGAUUCUUGACGUGCCCUUUCAAUGUGUUGAAUUUUCAAUUCUUGGACUGAAGCCUGUGCACUGGACAAUUGACCCAACAUCCAUUACAAUGAAAUUUGUGAUUGGUUCCUCCUGGGAUGCUGCUUCCAUUGAGUAUGUGAAGUCAACAGUGGAAAAAGCUGAUGCAGUGCAUGUUCAAGUGCUGGGGAAGACUACCUCAGGAGGCUUGUAUGGAAAGCUUUUCAUCAACUGCAACAAAAAUGUCAUAUCUCUUGAUGAGGAGCUGGUCAAGCUCAAUUUCGCUUCUUUGGAUACUCAAGCAAGUAAUGAAGAUGUCAUUUUGGAUAACGACAGACCUGACAAAAAUAAUCAGCAAUCAGCGGAGGGAUCACAAAAUGAAGGCAUUUCGGAAAAUGCCAUCUUUUGGCGUGACAUCCAGAGCAAGAGUGUUUCUGCAGCUUUGAAAGAUGUCCUCGACAGUGUCUACGACACUUCUUCAAGCAGUAUAGCAAGCAUUCCUUUGGAAGUGUGUAUAUCAGACGUGUCUCCAUCAGAGUCCAUUUCUGCUAGUGGUGCAAGCUCUCCAGAACAGUCGUCAUUGUCCUCAACCACCCUUUCCAUUGAUGCAUCUUCAUCAGGCACAGACACACCUCCCACAUUGCCUGGUCUUGGCCGAGGCCUUGCCUUAAUGCUAAAGCUCAGGGAACUUAAGGGUGACAGCUCAUCCCAUGAGUCUGAUGCCAGGGGCAGAGAAUAUGUGGAGGCUGAUGAACCCAGUUCAAGUGAGGAAAGCGAGGAUGAUGGCUCUUAUACCCCUACUGUGGUCGGCACUCCACCUAGAGUUUUCGGGGAGGCUGAAACAUUCUGUUCUCCUGACAGCCCAGGCCCACUGUCAUCAGUACCUCCAAUGCCACAGCUUGUCAGUGUCAGAUCUAAGCUGGAACCAACAUCUGAGACUCCUGAACCAGCUGGUGCCAGCCAGUUUGGGGAACCUAGAGCUCGUGGUCGAGCUCGGUUGCUCCAUUUGUCUCCCAGUCCAUCAAGUACUAGUUCACCCUUUGAACAAAGUCAGAUGCCUUUGCCAAAAAACCUUGAUUUGAGUUUCAGUACCAAGGUGCAUGCACCAGAUACGCUUACUGAAAAAUGUGCAGUGUCCACUGAAGCAGCAUUUACUUGUGAACCAUUGGCCUCUGAAGUCUGUGCAGCUGAUGUGAAAGGCCUAAGUCCUCUUGCAGGCAUACCUGAACUAUCAGCAUACCAGUCUGCAGGGCGUGGUCAUGCACUGUUGAGAAAACUGGCAUCAAGCCACUCACCAGGCCAACACACUUCUCCGCUUUCAUCACAGUCGCUAAGCUCACAGCAAAAUAGCUUUGCACAGGAGUGUCCCUACAUGCUAAGUGGCAGCAGCCAGCCUGAACGCACUGUACAUAAUGGUGAUAACUACUCUUCUCAAGUGGUGACCAAGGCCAGUCGGCUGAAGGACCUGUUGGAAAAGAAAGGACGUUUAUUGUAUGUGGCACCAUUGCAAAGCUGCUCAUCUAAAACUCAAGGUGACAAUCUGGCAAAUUCUCCCAAGCCUGAUGCAACUACAGACUUAGUGCCGGCACUAAAGAUAAAUGAUGUGUUUGCUGGAAGUUCGCUAUCAUGUCCUGGUAGCAGCAGUAACCAGAUACCUUCGGCAACAAUGUCAACCAGAGAAAUGUUUUUGAAGUUACUUGCCACCAGUAAUGUUGAGGCUUCAUCUCAACCUGGCAAGGAGCUUGCUGACUAUUCUACAGCCAUGGACGGGUUUCAGUCAUCAGAAGACUUAGGGCAAGUUGGCUUCAUGCAUAGUAUUUGUCUUACCUAUCAUUUCAUAAUGGCGCUUCGCAAGAAGAAUGCCGGUGGCGGCGAUGCUCCAAGAGGUGCUUCUUGGAGCAGCACAGAAAGCAGUGUUAGUGACGACAUGGAAUUUGUGUCCGACAGCGACUCGGACAUUGUCUCGCCCACUGACGAGACUGACAUUCUCGGCUGGUUUCAUCUUGAAGCAGUGUUUGUAAGCAGGAUUUGGGAUUUAGCAGUAUUGAUGUCAAUUACUGAAGCAAGCUGCAGACAUUUUUUAAAGCACAUAGUAGUUUGCUUUCAAAGAUUUUACAGCUUUUUUCAGUUGUUUAUUUGUGUGCUUUCAUUCUGUUUUUCUUUUUGCCUAUUUAACAGGAGCCCUUAUUUAAAUACCUUUCCUGAACUGCCAUCAGAUAUGGAUCCCUGUGAACAGUUUAAGGGUGAUGUAUACUUCAAGACUGAUUAUGAUUCUUGCAGAUCGCCAUCUCAGCCUGCGAUUUUCAAAGUUCGGGCUCUCUGCCAUGGCAUUAGAGUACCUAGGCCAGUGACUCACCUUGACCAGACACCAUUUGACAAGUCUGUGAAAUCACUGUUGUGUUCCAAAGGGUUUCCUGGUCCAUCAUGCAUUCAGUCAGUGGUCUGGCCUGCAGUGAUAUCCGGUAGAGAUGUUGUAGUUGUGGCACCGCCACAUUCCGGCAAGACGUUUGCUUACCUGAUCCCACUGGUUUCAAGAUUGACCGAGGAAACUGACUACGAGAGUCUGCCUCUAGGCGUUGGACCCCUAAUGGUAGUCUUGACAUCCACAUGGAAAGGAGCUCGCCGCCUGAGUGAGCAGGCCAAACUGCUCAUCCAUCAGAAAACGGGUCCAAAAGUCUGCGUCUUGUAUGCUGGAGGAGCAGAAAAAGGAAAAGAGAUCGAAUUGGUCAAUGGCUGUGAUAUUCUGGUAGCAACUCCUGAAUGUUUUCUGCGCUUUCUGACCAAUUAUGAUCGUCUCAUCGUCAACUUGCGUCGAUGCUGCCAUUUGGUGCUGGAUGAUGGUGAACAGCUGCUGGACAAGUUUGCUGUAGAGGUUACUUCUGUGAUGAAAGAAUUUUGGCGGUGCACAGAGCGGCGCCGACCAGGCAUGCUCCAAGGCCAAAUUGUGGUUUGCUCAACAAUGUGGACUAGUGGCCUGAACUGCUUUACACGUAUGACGUACUCUAGCAGAACCCCCUUGAUCAUGAUCACUUCAUUCUACGAGGCUGCCAUCUAUGCACAGGUUCCAACAAUUGCCUGCUUUGGUGACCCCCAAAGUCGACAUGAAAUCUUGCUCAGAAUUCUGGAAGGCAGCCACAAUCGAAAAGUGGUUGUGUGCACUGCCGACAGACAGUCAGCCAUUGCUGUGCAUCAGUUGCUCUUUUCAUGUUGUGUCUGUUGCUUGCUGCUUCAUGAUGAGCUUCCCAUGGCGAAAAUUUGGGAGGUGACAAAUGAAUGGGCAAGUGAGCUUCCGAAGGCCAAGAUGCCUGUCCUUGUGGUUCAAGACAGUGUGCUGCCAUUGGCCAACAUUCGUGAUGCUGGGGUUCUUAUCCACUACGACGUACCUGAAUUGUCCAAGUACAACUUUGGCUUUCGCUUCUCCUGCCUUGCUGACCGAAUGCGUUCAUUCGAUGGAAAGGGUACUGCUUCUACUGAUGAACCAGUGGCCCACCUGAUACUUUCGAGCAACAACCGCAGUCUCUCUGUACAGCUUGUAAAGUUUCUGAACAGGCUAGGCGCCACUGUUCCAGAUGGACUGAGGAAGCUUGCUGCUGAGGAGGAAACUAAAGCAUCAAAAAAUGCCCUGGUGGCCCUGUGCCCGAAUCUCAAAGCAUUCGGUCAUUGUGAAAGGCAGACAGCAGAGAAGCGCUGCUUAUAUCGACAUCAGGUCAUACGUGAAGCAGAUCACUCACCGUCAUGGGCAGACCUGCCAUCUCAGGGCCGAGUCCUCAUUGUAGUGACCAAAGUGGUGAAUGCGUCGCGCUUUUAUGCAUGGAUUCUGCAGCACUGGGAUGCACCUGGUUCAACAAAUGAAAGCAAAUCAAAAGGUAAAGAGAACCUGGAGCUUCAGAAUGCCAUGGUGUUUCUGAAUGAAUACUUGUCACAGCCAAGUAACUGCAAAUCUCUGGUCGGAAAAGCCUUACCCAAAGUUGGUGAAGUUUAUGGGCUGGAGCACAGCUAUGGGCAAUUCCGUAGGGUCUUGGUAAUUUCAGUUGUGCCAAAGAGUUCUGGUCCAGCUAGUGUCACUGUUUCGCACAUGGACUAUGGGGAACAGUCAACUGUGGCUGCAACAAGAUUGCUUCAUCUACCGCCAGAGCUAACUAAGCUGCAGCCUUUCGCAGUGGAAGUGUACUGCUGUCGUGUCCAACCUCAGGACCACGAUCUCGAUUGGACUUUCCAGGCAGUCUUCAAGUCACAUGAGCUUGUGUUUAGGAAAGAACUUCUUGGCAAGAUUGUGCUGCGACUUGGAAAUACCUUGUGGCUUGACCCACUUGUCUUGUGGGAGGACCUUCCAUUUGUUGAUGUAAAGGUGCCCUUAAAGAAUGUGAGAGCUACCCUCAUUGAAGAACGCCUAGCUUGUGAUAAUGCAGCCCACGUGGAGAGCCUGUGCAAACUGGCUGCCGAUGCAGGAGUCACACUACCUGUAUUUCCAGAAAAGAAAGAAAGGAAUGACAGUGACAGCCAGAAUGCUGUUAUCAACCAGCAUUGUACCACGUUUCUUGACACGAUUGAGUUCAACCAUGUGUACCUCUGGAAGGUCACCUCUCCAUCUCAUUUCUACGUACAGCCCUUGAAGUUCAAUUCAUGUUUGGAUGUGCUUGAGGAUAACAUCCAGAAGGCUGUGGAAAAAAUGGAAUUGGCCAAGCUGAAGUCGGUGCAUCCCGGAGCAGUGUGCAUCGCUCGCUACAAUCACGAUCGUUGCUAUCGUGGGGAAGUGCAGAAAGUUCUCAACAAUGCAGAAGUCGUCGUAUUUUUUCCUGACUACGGAGAUACUGCAAAGUGCCCUCCAGACGAGCUGUUGGAGCCUCUUUCGUGGAUGAUGUUGUUACCAUACCAGGGCGUUCAGUGCUCUUUAGCUGGAAUCAUUCCAUCCUCUGGGCAGUGGACUCAAACGGCUGUGUCCAUGCUUGAAGAUUUUGGCUACGAUAACAACAAUGUGAAUCGUCUGCUAUGUCUCAGGGUUGUAAAAAAGAAUGCAGGAGAGCGUCCUGGGACAAGUAAUUAUGAGGUGCUGUUGUUUAGCACCUGCCAUGAAGGAAGAAUCAGUGCCGCUAAUCUUCUUGUAGAGGAGAAACUUGCUAUUCCAACAGACCUGCCAAAGCUCAGCUUUGAUGUCAACCUUCCACAUUCGAAGGUAUUUCAAGAGCAGUGUACAGGUUCAAGUGAUAGUGAAACUGAUGAAGAUGGAGAAGAGGUGACGCUUGAGUGCCAGAGGAAACUGGAGAAAUAUGUGUUUGAUGUGUUUAGUGAAGUUCGUGACCAGGUCCUUGCACCUGCAGCUGCUGAGCUCUUGCAGGAGUUGAGUUGUGACAGUGGUACGCUUGGCCAAGGAGACACUUCUCUCCAGCCCCAAGAAAGAGGAGCAGAGGCACAAGAAUUGUGCAAGAAAGUUGACAGAAAGGCUGCAGCAAAGGUUAAGCGAGCCAAAGCCCAUUCGCGAAGCUCCACACAGGAUCUCCCUCCACUGCUGGAGUCCAAGUUCAAGGCAGAGCACAGCCUUCAAGCAUCCAUCUCAUGGUGGCAAGAUCAUAGCUUUGUCUAUGUGGACAUCUUGAUUGCAAAUGUAAAGGAGUACGAGCUGAAUGUUACUACAGCAAUAUUUCGCAUCAGAAUGAAAACAGCAGAGCAUGAGUACUUUGCUCAUGAGGGGCUUUAUGCUGCCAUCAGACCAAAAAAAACAAGACUGGUGCAGAAAGCUGACUCUUUGAGCAUCACCUUUGAGAAAGUACAAGCCCAGCUGACAUGGAAGUUCCUGACUAGAAACAAGAGAAAGGUGCGGUACAUUCGCUAUAAACUGGAUCAAAUUGACGUGAGUGACGAUGAGGAUGACUUAGUCAGUGCCUGCCAGGCUUACAAGGACCCCCUCUUCACAGGUUCAGAAUACAAGCAACCAGCACAGAUCUUGCCAUAUGACCCAGUGGCUCAUGAAGAAAGGGCAAGGGAAAUGGAAGCAGGCAUCGAAGACAUAGAUGAUACGGUCGAGCCCAUGUACUUCAGCAUUGAUCCGAAUAAUAUUUUUGAUGACUUCAUCGAAUAAGCAAGCCAGAAGAUUGCAGAAGCAUGUCAUUAUGUCCCUCUUAGUUUUGUUUUUUUAACAUGUAUGUACAGGAGACUACAUCAAUCAUCAACAAUUCAUAUUCGUUGUAUUGUUAAUGUGUUCAGGAGUAUGUGUUACUCGUUACUUUCACCCUGCUGUGAUAACCGAAAAGUUUUUCGGCAAAGGACAUUUAGCUUUUUACUGUCAAUAAAUAUAAGAUAUUUGGCAUUGUGUUAUAAAGUAAUUUGUUUAUUGUGAUGUAUUUUGGUUCAGCUGUCACUGUGUGAGUGUGCAUUAGUGUCUUUGUUCAGGUGAGUGAAAACUGUGGUGCUUUUAAAGUUACUGUUCACAUUGUUUUAGCACUUAUCCUUAUUUAAAAUGCAAUAUUAGAAGAGCUAGGUGCUUAUAUUCAGUUGAAUAGCUGUUCACACAGAUUGCAUUUGAUAAUAGCAACUAACCAGGAGCAGCUCACAGGAGAGCGGCCACUCUUCUGUGAAAAUAGGUAAUGGUUGACAGCUCAUGAAGGCAUUCUUCUACAACUUGCUUUGAUUGCACUGCAAAUAUAUUUAUGUUCAAGGAUGUUUGUAGAAGAGGCUCGUUAGCAGCCUGAACAUAGGGAACUAGUGCUAUAGCACAUUCUUAUAAUGGCUGUUCACGGUAUUCUUGAAGUUGUGAACUAAUCCAAAGUCUUGCUCAAACCCGUGCUUUCCAACAGCUACAUUGUCCAUUCACGUCUUCAGAACCCUGUCCAGCUUGAAGAUGGACCACAAAUGCUUUGUCAGUCCAUCUUCAUUUUCUUUCACGUGGUGAUUAAAUUAUUCAAUUUU